CAGAUAAUCCAUCACACGAGUACAAACACCAGCGACUGACGGACAGGAGGGCAGAUUCAUUUUAGUAUUAUUAUUAGCUCGCUAGUAAUCUAUUAAAUAUACACAUUUGAUACAAUUUCUACGUGGGUAUGGCAGAGGAGGUAACGAAAACCACAGGCGGACUCUCAGUGGGUGAGAUGUAUGUGUCUGACAAAGAAGGAAAUGACCAGGACGGUGAUGGAACAGAGCCGAAGCUUUUCAAGACCUCAUUGAGGGCAGAGGAUUCUGAGAGACGAGAGAAGAACCUGGAAGAAGCGAAGAAAAUCACCAUUGAGAAUGACUCGAGCCUUCCAGAGCCUAAAACGGUGAAAAUCUUUCAGCUGGAGCCUCUCCGAGGGGAGAGAGUGAAGGUGUUUGGCUGGGUGCACCGAAUGAGAAAACAAGGAAAGAACCUGCUGUUCAUUGUGCUGAGAGAUGGAACUGGUUUCCUGCAGUGUGUUCUCAAUGAUAAAUUGUGUCAGUGCUAUAAUGCCCUGGUGCUGUCCACUGAAAGCACAGUGGCUCUGUAUGGGACAGUGAAGCAAGUACCUGAGGGGAAGCAGGCCCCUGGUGGUCAUGAGCUGCACUGUGACUUCUGGGAGCUGGUGGGUCUGGCGCCGGCUGGAGGAGCUGACAACCUGCUGAAUGAGGAGUCUGAUGUUGACGUUCAGCUCAACAACAGACACAUGAUGAUCCGUGGGGAGAACGUGUCCAAGAUACUCCGGAUCCGCUCCACUGUCACACAGUGCUUCAGGGAUCACUUCUUCACCCGCGGAUACAAUGAGAUCACCCCACCCACUCUGGUGCAGACCCAGGUGGAGGGAGGUUCCACCCUGUUCAACCUGAACUACUUUGGGGAGGAGGCAUUCCUGACCCAGUCCUCUCAGCUCAGCCUGGAGACCUGCAUCCCUGCUCUGGGAGACACCUUCUGUAUCGCACAGUCCUACCGCGCAGUGCAGUACAUCACCCGCAGGCACCUGUCUGAGUACACUCACAUAGAGGCAGAGUGCCCCUUCAUCACCUAUGAGGACCUACUGAGCAGGCUGGAGGAUCUGGUGUGUGAUGUGGUGGACAGAGUCCUGAAGUCUCCUGCUGCUUCUCUACUCUACCAAGUCAACCCUGACUUCAAGCCCCCUAAGAGGCCCUUCAAGAGGAUGAACUACUCUGAUGCCAUCAUCUGGCUGAAGGAGCAUGACAUCAAAAAGGAUGAUGGGACCUACUAUGAGUUUGGAGAGGACAUCCCAGUGGUCCCAGAGAGGCUGAUGACUGAUGCCAUCGGUGAGAUCAUCCUGUUGUGCCGCUACCCGGCUGAGAUCAAGUCCUUCUACAUGAAGCACUGUCCUGAGGACCGACGCCUCACUGAGACGGUGGAUGUGCUGAUGCCUAACGUUGGAGAGGUAGUUGGAGGGUCUAUGAGGAUCUGGGAUGUUGAGGAACUGCUGGAGGGAUACAAGAGUGAAGGCAUUGACCCAACCCCUUACUACUGGUACACUGACCAGAGGAAGUAUGGUACCUGUCCCCAUGGUGGCUACGGGCUGGGCCUGGAGAGGUUCCUAACCUGGCUGCUGAACAGACACCACAUUAGAGACGUGUGUCUCUACCCCCGCUUCAUCCAGCGCUGCCGACCCUGAACUACCAACUACCCUAUCUCUGGAGAUGGAUCACACUGCGCUUCAAGAGACCAAGAUGUACAUCCCAAAUGGCAACCUAUUCCCUAUAUAGUGAUAUUUUUUACCAGAGCACUAUCCCUGUAUAGGGCCCUUUAUUUUUUUCUACUGCGCUUCAAGAGACCAAGAAUCAAAUCUAAUUGUAUUUUGUCACAUGCGCCGAAUUAGCGUGAAAUGCUUUUCAAGCGCUUAACCAACAAUGCAGUUCAAUAAAUAGAUUUAAGAAAAUAUUUACUAAAUAAACUAAAGUUAAAAAAAUCAAAUCAAUCGCAAGGUAACACAAGAAA